AUGGAGUUGCCAAGGUUUGUGUUGUUCAAAUCACUCGAGAUUAACACAUACUUACGAUGCACCAACGAAAGGCAAGGUGACCUCCGUUUCGUCGAGGCAGAGGAUUUGAGCCUGGACGUAAAGCAUGAAGUUGUGAUCGCAAAGUGUGAAGGUGGACUUGUCCACAUAAGAUGUUGUAAGACCGGCAAAUACUUGAGAAGGCAUAGUGAAGGAAGCGCUUCUCUUGUUGUGGUGGCUGACGACCUAGAGGAAGACCAAUCCAAAUGGUAUUGUACGUUGUUCAAGCCCUCCCCCUAUACCAAGGAUGGAGUUAAUGUCGUCCUAUUACAAUACUUCCACCGUGGGGAAUGGUCAUUCUUAUACCGUAAUAAUGGUGGCUACUUUAGAGUGGGAGAACAUCUACAGGUUAGCAAGGUGGGCCUCCACUUCAUAGCAGUUGAUUGGGUAUUGUUGAUGAUCAAAUUUCUCAAAGAUGCUGAUAUCGAAGUUAUUGUAUCUGUUGAGAACAGGAAAAUGAGGACGUUACCAAGGUUUGUAGUGUUCAGAUCAACACAUAACAACAAAUACUUGUGCUGCGAUGAGGAUGAGCCAAACCUUCUCAGAUUCAACGGAAAGGAUUCUAUGAGCCCAUACUCAAAGCACGAAGUUGUGAUGGCAAAGCGUGGAGAUGGACUGGUCCACAUAAGGUGUUGUUGCACCGGAAAAUUCUGGAGAAGGCUUUCAGAGGAUGACCAUUGGAUUGUUGCCGAAGCUGACGAAGCAGAGGAAGACUUAUCGAAAUGGUCGUGUACGUUGUUUUGGCCCUGCUACGAUGGCAAAGAGUAUGGUAAUAGCGUCCAAUUACAACACUCCCAGCUUGGGGAAAACACAAGCUUAUACCAAAAUUGCUUAACGGCAGGAAAAUCACCACACACCACCACCGAAAAAGUGGGCCUAAUUGCCUUCGACUGGGAAUCGUUGGCGCCCAAAUCUAUACAGUACCCAUCUGUUUAUGAAGAAAAUACAUAUAUUAGAGGUGGUAUAUCCGAUGAUGACAUCAGUACGAAUAUCAGAGGUGGUGUAUCCGAUGAUGGCAUCAAUACGAAUGUUGGUGGUGGUGUAUCACUACGAUUUUCGGAGGUGGCAUAUGAUUUGGAAACUAGGUUCUGGAUGUUCAAUACAAAGCCGGCAAAGUAA